AUGCAGUUCAAGAAGAACUUCCUCCUCUUCGUCGUCGCCGCGGUCAUCUCCUCGGCUUCUGCCAUCCCGGUCCCGGCUAGUGUCACCGGCCUUGCUCCCAUCUCGGACUUGGCUGGCAAGAUCGACGUGGUCGACGUCCCGUUCCGCGGACGGUCCACGGAGAUUGUCAAGCUCGGUGCCCGCCGCCACGGCGACUCGCAGAACCGCGGCGAUAGCCACGGCCGCCGCGAGCUCGAGGCCCGCCGCCACGGCGACUCGCAGAACCGUGGUGACAGCCACGGCCGUCGCGAGCUCGAGGCUCGCCGUCACGGCGACUCGCAGAACCGCGGCGACAGUCACGCCCGCCGCGGGCUCGAGGCUCGCCGUCACGGCGACUCGCAGAACCGUGGUGACAGCCACAGCCGACGCGAGCUCGGUGCCCGCCGUCACGGCGACUCGCAGAACCGCAGUAACAGCCACAGCCGCCGCGAGCUCGGUGCCCGCCGCCACGGCGACUCGCAAAACCGCGGUGACAGCCACAGCCGCCGCGAGCUUGGUGCCCGCCGCCACGGCGACUCGCAGAACCGUGGUAACAGUCACAGCCGCCGCGAGCUCGGUGCCCGCCGCCACGGCGACUCGCGAAACCGCGGUGAUAGCCACAGUCGCCGCGAGCUUGAGGCUCGCCGCCACGGCUCGGGUUCUCGCAACCGCGGAAACAGCCACUCUCGUCGCGAUCUCGAGGCUCGCCGCCACGGCUCAGGGUCUCGCAACCGCGGAAACAGCCACACCCGCCGUGACCUUGAGGCUCGUCGCCACGGCUCGGGCUCCCGUGGCCGCGGCAACAGCCACAGUCGUCGCGACCUUGAGGCCCGCCGCCACGGCUCUGGUUCCCGCAACCGCGGAAACAGCCACUCUCGUCGUGAUCUCGAGGCCCGCCGUCACGGCUCUGGUUCUCGUGGCCGCGGCAACAGCCACUCUCGCCGUGAUCUUGAGGCCCGCCGUCACGGUUCUGGUUCCCGCAACCGCGGAAACAGCCACUCUCGUCGUGAUCUUGAGGCCCGCCGCCACGGCUCUGGUUCCCGUGGCCGCGGCAACAGCCACUCUCGCCGUGAUCUCGAGGCCCGCCGUCACGGUUCUGGUUCCCGCGGCCGUGGCAACAGUCACUCCCGUCGCGAUCUCGAGGCUCGCCGUCACGGUUCUGGCUCACGCGGCCGCGGUGACAGCCGCAGCCGUCGCACUCUCGAGGCUCGCCGCCACGGUUCUGGCUCCCGCGGUCGUGGCGACAGCCGGUCUCGUCGUGAUCUUGAGGCACGCCGUCAUGGUUCCGGCUCCCGGGGCCGCGGUGACAGUCGCUCCCGCCGCGGACUCGAGGCUCGCCGACACGGCUCGAACUCGCGCGACCGCAAGUGA